AGAUUUUCAGAAUCACACAAGUUAACACGACAUAAAGUAUCAGCACACAAGAUAAAUGAGAGUUUUGAAUGUGAUAACUGCAAGAAGACAUUCACAAAACGACAAAGUCUCAAAUGUCACUGGAGAUCACACUUGAGAGAUGGCUUAUUAUUGUGCCACACCUGUCGGAAAGAAAUUAUUCAAGGUCAAGGACAUGCUAGUGAGAUACUGAGUGAUGAUCAUUUUGACUGUGACAAAUGCAACAAACAGUUCCCUGAUAUUGAAAGUUUAUAUCAGCACAAGGCCAAAGACCAUGGUAUGUCCUACCAAUGUGAUGUCUGUAUAGAAUUAAAAGCAAGAGAAGCAACUGGUAUUGGUUAUAUCUGUUGUGUCUGCGAUGCCGAGUUUGAAAUUGCCACUGAACUUGAAGAUCAUAUGAGUAUGCAUGGCAAUGUUCUGGGCAAUAUGUUGUUUUGA